AAUAGAAAUAUUGUGAAUCAUUCAUUAGCACUAUUAUUAAUAAUAAUUAACUAUUACAAAAAUGUGUUCAAACUUCAAGUUAGUUCUACAAUAAUGGAUACCAAAAUUUUCCUUUAUUUAGCAUUUCUCGCCCAAUUAAUUCUUAUAUGUGCAACGAUACACAAAAAUCUGAAGUACUUCCAGAUAAUUCAUGCUGAUGAUCUGAUGCAUAAUGUAGUCAAAAGGGGUUUACAAGAAAGCAGUCACCCUUUCAACAAAAUCAAAGAAGUCCACCUAAAUACUCAUGGGAAAAAAUUUCGACUAAUCCUUUCUCCAAAACGCAGUAUUCUGCAUUCAAAAUUCAAGGCCUAUUCUGUGAAUGGAGAUGGAGAAGAAACACAUAUACCUAUUGACCAUGACAGCUUUUUCGAAGGAAGAGUAUUUGGUGAAGCACAAUCCCAUGUGAAUAUGCAUAUUGAGGAUGGGGUGAUGACAGGAAACAUCCACAUGCCUGAUGACAUAUAUCACAUUGAGCCUUCAUGGCGUCAUAUUCCAGAGCAUGACAAUAGAACAAUGAUCACAUAUAAACAAUCAGACAUUAAAUUUAGUUGGGAUCCUGAGAAUUUACCAGAUGAUUAUCCCACUCCUAGAAUGUGCGCUUAUGUCAAAGAAGGAGCUGAAUUAGAAGAAAAUCAUACCAGUGCUCGUCAUCACUUAAAUAAAAGACAAAUCGAUCAGUAUGAUCAAUAUAAGUUUACAAAAACACGUUGCCCAUUGCUUUUAGUAGCGGAUUAUAGAUUUUUUCAAGAAAUGGGAGGAAGUAAUACUAAAACUACCAUAAAUUAUUUGAUAAGCCUUAUUGAUCGCGUACAUAAAAUUUACAAUGACACAAUUUGGCAAGACCGGCAAGAAGUGGAUGGCUUUAAAGGUAUGGGCUUUGUGAUCAAAAAAAUAGUUGUCCAUAGUGAACCAACUAGAAUCAAAUCUCCAGAGGCUCAUUAUAAUAUGUUUCGUGAAAAAUGGGAUGUCAGAAAUUUGUUGGAGGAAUUUUCUAGAGCACCGCAAAAUGAGACGUAUUGUUUAGCGCAUCUUUUCACACACCAAACAUUUAAAACUAGAAAUUCAGUUGUCUUAGGAUUAGCUUAUAUUGCGUCUCCAAGGCCAAGAUCACAGGGAGGCAUAUGUAGCAAUGAAUACUUUAAAAACGGAUACACGCUUUACUUGAAUUCUGGAUUGAGUUCUAGUAGAAAUCACUAUGGGCAAAGAGUGAUAACCCGUGAAGCUGACUUGGUGACAGCUCACGAAUUUGGUCAUAAUUGGGGUUCUGAACACGACCCAGAUAUCCCUGAAUGUUCUCCAAGUGCCAGUCAGGGCGGGUCUUAUUUGAUGUACACUUACAGUGUUAGCGGUUAUGAUGUUAAUAACAAGCGAUUCUCUCCGUGUAGUUUGAGAUCAAUAAGAAAAGUUCUCCAGGCUAAAUCAGAGAAAUGCUUUUCUGAACCUGAAGAAAGUUUCUGUGGCAAUCUUAGGGUUGAAGGAGAUGAAGAAUGUGAUGCAGGUCUUUUAGGAACAGAAGACAAUGAUCCUUGUUGUGACAAAGAUUGCAAACUCAGGACCAAAGCAAUGUGCAGUGACAAAAACUCCCCGUGUUGUCAAAAUUGCCAAUAUAUGCGCAGCGGAAUCAAAUGCCGUGAAGCACAGUAUGCAACUUGUGAAGAAGCUUCUAGUUGCACUGGCCACUCACCUGAAUGUCCAAAAAGUCCACCUAUGGUUGAUAAUACAGAUUGUCAAGAGAGAGGAAAGUGUAAAGGAGGGAAAUGUAUACCGUUCUGUGAGACUCAAGGAAUGCAAAGUUGUAUGUGUGAUAUUAUUGAAAAUGCUUGUAAAAGAUGCUGUAGAUCCAGUAUCAAUGAAACAUGUUCUCCAGUGGACUCAGCUGAUAUUCUAGCGGAUGGUACUCCUUGUAUACAAGGAUUUUGCAAUAAUGGAAAUUGCGAGAAGACAGUCCAAGAUGUGGUUGAACGUUUUUGGGACAUAAUUGAGGACAUAAACAUAAACAAAGUCCUUCUGUUCCUCAGAGAUAACAUUGUGGGUACUGUAGUGUUAAUAACCGCAGUUCUGUGGAUUCCAGCCAGUUGCAUUAUCGGCUACGUCGAUAAAAAACGCCGUAAGGUACAACUAAAACGAGCUAACUGGAGAAAUAAGCAAGAUUUAAUCCAUAGUUCAGAAAAAGUAAAAAAAGUGAUCAAAGUCAGAUUACCAAAUAAAAGGGAGAGUAGUGUCAAACCUCCUGAACACCAAUCACCUGCUAAGUCAUCAGAAUAGUCAUUCCCAUACAUUUGUGAUAUUAUUUUUCGUUACCAUUAAUAAUUUAAGGCAGUAUUUUUUUAAUCUUUUUUGUUUAACCGGUUUUUGAUGUUUUAUUUAUACAAUCUUGUAAAUAGUGUGAGCAAUAAAGUAAGUUUGGAUUUAAAAAAUAG